CUCCGCCCGGCCGCCGCCCUCAGCGCGGCGGCGCGGGCCCGCUUGGGCCCGGGCUCCGGCUCCCGCUCCUCAGCCUCCGCCGCAGGCCCUGCCGAUCCUAUGGGCCGGCCUCGGUAGCGGCGCCUGGGCAGAAGCGGAGUUUAUUAAUAACCCGAGGCCGCCACUCUAGGGCGGCGGAGCAUUUCUUGCUGGGGACUUAACCCCCCCACAGCCUCUCAGCGCUGCGCCCCGCCUGUUCCCCUCAGGGGACCGCCGAGGGGAGGGAGCGAAAGAGGGGAGGGUGGAGCCCUCGGGAGCCUGGCGGCGUUUCUCGGCUUGACCUCCGCGCGGAGCGCGUCCCCAGGCGCCGCUGAGGCGAAGCUCCUCGGGCUGGGACGCCGGGCUCACAGUCCGCACCAGGCCCCAACUGGGGCAUCGGCGGCAGGGCUGGCCAGGGGUCCUCUCGGGACCCUCCUUGUAGAUCGCGCCAAGAAUUUCUCUCCAGGGUCGUGGAUAAAUUUCUUGUUUCCACGACAUACCUUUUAUUUUUAGGUCCUUGAGGCCCAACAUGAAAUAUUAGAAAUUGGCAAUUUUAUCAUUCCCGUUUUAUUCCCCUUUUUUCCUGGCCAAAGAGAGAACAGAUCCUUACAGUCGCUUUGUAACAUUUUAUUGUGUAGAAGAUGUUGUUAGCCCAAAUAAAUCGAGAUUCUCAGGGAAUGACAGAGUUUCCUGGAGGAGGAAUGGAGGCUCAACAUGUUACCCUAUGUCUGACAGAGGCAGUAACUGUGGCAGAUGGUGACAAUUUAGAAAAUAUGGAAGGCGUAAGCUUGCAAGCAGUAACACUUGCAGAUGGUUCUACCGCUUAUAUACAACACAAUUCUAAAGAUGGAAAACUAAUAGAUGGCCAGGUCAUUCAGUUGGAAGAUGGUUCUGCUGCCUAUGUUCAACAUGUACCCAUACCUAAAAGUACAGGGGACAGUUUACGUCUAGAAGAUGGUCAAGCAGUGCAGUUAGAAGAUGGAACCACAGCGUUUAUUCAUCAUACCUCCAAAGAUAGUUAUGACCAGAGUGCAUUACAGGCGGUUCAGCUGGAAGAUGGCACCACUGCUUAUAUCCAUCAUGCAGUGCAAGUCCCACAGUCUGACACCAUCUUGGCAAUUCAAGCUGAUGGCACAGUGGCAGGUCUGCACACUGGGGAUGCCGCAAUUGACCCCGACACCAUCAGUGCUUUGGAACAGUAUGCUGCAAAGGUAUCAAUUGAUGGAAGUGAAAGUGUAACAGGUACUGGAAUGAUUGGAGAAAAUGAGCAAGAGAAAAAAAUGCAGAUUGUCUUACAAGGACAUGCAACAAGAGUAACUGCUAAAUCUCAACAAAGUGGCGAGAAAGCAUUUCGAUGUGAAUAUGAUGGAUGUGGAAAAUUAUAUACAACAGCUCAUCAUCUUAAGGUCCAUGAGAGGUCACACACAGGAGACCGGCCUUACCAGUGUGAGCACCAAGGCUGUGGGAAAGCAUUUGCAACAGGUUAUGGAUUAAAAAGUCAUGUCAGAACUCAUACAGGAGAAAAGCCAUAUCGAUGUUCAGAAGAUAAUUGUAGUAAAUCUUUCAAAACUUCAGGAGAUCUACAGAAACAUAUCAGAACUCAUACAGGAGAAAGGCCCUUUAAGUGUCCCUUCGAAGGCUGCGGUCGGUCCUUUACAACAUCAAAUAUCAGAAAAGUGCAUGUUAGGACACACACAGGAGAAAGACCUUAUUACUGCACAGAGCCAGGAUGUGGGAGGGCAUUUGCCAGUGCAACCAAUUAUAAAAACCACGUGAGGAUACAUACAGGGGAAAAGCCAUAUGUUUGUACAGUUCCUGGGUGUGACAAAAGGUUUACGGAAUAUUCCAGUUUGUACAAACAUCAUGUUGUCCAUACUCACUCCAAACCAUACAACUGUAACCACUGUGGGAAGACGUACAAGCAGAUCUCCACGCUGGCCAUGCACAAACGGACAGCCCACAAUGACACUGAGCCCAUCGAGGAGGAGCAGGAAGCCUUCUUUGAGCCUCCCCCAGGUCAAGGUGAAGAUGUUCUUAAAGGGUCCCAGAUCACGUAUGUCACAGGUGUAGAAGGGGACGAUGUUGUGUCUACACAAGUAGCCACAGUAACCCAGUCCGGGUUGAGUCAACAAGUUACACUCAUAUCCCAGGAUGGGACUCAGCAUGUCAACAUAUCUCAAGCAGACAUGCAGGCCAUUGGCAACACCAUCACAAUGGUAACGCAGGAUGGCACACCCAUCACAGUCCCUGCUCAUGACGCCGUCAUCUCCUCAGCAGGAACACACUCUGUUGCUAUGGUUACUGCCGAGGGCACAGAGGGGCAACAGGUUGCAAUUGUGGCUCAAGAUCUGGCAGCAUUCCAUACUGCCUCAUCAGAAAUGGGGCACCAGCCGCAUAGCCAUCACUUAGUAACCACAGAAACCAGACCUCUGACCUUAGUGGCAACAUCCAAUGGCACCCAGAUUGCAGUUCAGCUUGGAGAACAGCCAUCUCUGGAAGAAGCCAUCAGAAUAGCAUCUAGGAUCCAACAAGGAGAAACGCCAGGGUUGGAUGAUUAAUCCUCAGAACAGUGGAGCAGUAAAGCAGGAGGAGCCUUUCAUCUCUGGCAGCAGAAAUCCAUGAAGCCCGGGCCCAGGAAGAUUAGAAGUUUUCCAUUCCUGUUACACUGUACACAUUUUUAUGCAAGAGUGGAGAACAUUUUAUUCUUGACACUUUUGUGUAUAUAACUCUUGGAAUAGAUUCCCAAACUGAUUAAUUGUGUACAAGGAAGUAUGAAAUUAGGGCAAUACAGUAAAUUUUCAUGUUACUCUUAUCAGAUUGCAAACUCCUAGAGUUUACAUGAAAGACUAGUGAAGUCUUAUGCAGUCUUAUGAUGGAUUUUUAACUUACUGUGAAAAAAAAUAAAGGCUGUAUCUAAAAUGUCAAAGGUUCUAUAUGUCAAACAAUCAUAAUUCCAAAAGCCAUCAUGGAUAAUAAAGGAUGUAAAGCCUUCAGAUAUUUCCCCCAGUUAGCAGAGUGUCUGCAGUUUUUGUUUUACCAUAUACUUGUCCAUUUUUAUUUGUAUCUCAUGGUUUAAAGAUUGUUCCUUUACGGUUUCCCAUCCCUGUUAAAUACCAACUCUUUGAGCUGAAAUGCUAAUUAUAUUAGCAUUACAUUGGAUUAUGUAUAAAAUUACAAAGUUUGGUUAUUUAAAAUUAAAAAGUUAAAUCCAGUGUUUUAGUUUUGUUAAAGAUUUCACUUAGUGUUCAGUAUUUUUGUUACUGUUUUUAAAAAAUAAUGAAUUAUCAAAGCUUAACCACAGGUUAGUACCCAGGAUAACAGUGCUGUUAUUGGAAAUGGCUUUCCUCUGAAAAUUAGGUUAGUGGGUUGGUGUAAAUUAUUUAUUUUUGCUUAUGUGAUUUUGUUUUAAAGCUUAUUUACCCUAAAGUUUAUUAUUAAUUUUGAAUACAGCAAUUUUUAAAAUGUUA